AUGGACGACGGCGGUCCCCUCUCUCCAAAGGCAAAUGCUUUCAGUAUUGCCUCUCUGAUUUCGGCUGCAGAGCAAGCAGGAAGCGCAGCGUUUGACAAACAGAGCACCGGCCUGGACAAGCCAGACCUGCACAACCACAGCUCCUUUAAAAUGCACUACAGCACUGUCACCCGGGAAAUGGAAGCCAUAUCCAGUCCGUGGCUGACGCAGCUGUCCCAUUUUUGCGAUGUUGCAGCCUUCACGACGAGCAGCCUGAGCAGCCUCAACACGCCGGGGGGCUACCACCUCUCUCCGUCCCCCGGGGACCCCUACAGCCAACAUGAGUCCCACUUUGAGCCCUGCCCGGCCGCACAGCACAACUACAACUACCCGGGCUCUAACCCGGGCCAGGCGCCGGCGAGUGACAGCGGGACUCCCAACUGCUCCUCGUCGUCCGCCAACUCCACGCCGAACGGCAAAACCCUAGUGAAGAAGAACCCCAAAGUGGCCAACAUUAACGUUCAGCUGGAGAUGAAAGCUUUAUGGGACGAAUUUAAUCAGCUGGGCACGGAGAUGAUCGUCACCAAGGCUGGCAGGAGAAUGUUUCCAACUUUCCAAGUGAAAAUAUUUGGGAUGGAUCCCAUGGCGGACUACAUGCUCCUGAUGGACUUCUUGCCUGUAGACGACAAACGCUACAGGUAUGCUUUCCACAGCUCAUCGUGGCUGGUUGCCGGUAAAGCUGACCCCGCCACACCGGGCAGGGUCCACUACCACCCGGACUCUCCGGCCAAAGGCGCCCAGUGGAUGAAGCAGAUUGUCUCCUUCGAUAAACUCAAACUCACCAACAACCUGUUGGAUGACAACGGCCAUAUCAUUCUGAACUCCAUGCACCGCUACCAGCCCAGGUUCCACGUGGUUUACGUGGACCCCCGCAAAGACAGCGAGAAAUAUGCCGAGGAGAAUUACAAAACCUUUGUGUUUGAGGAAACGCGCUUCACAGCGGUCACGGCCUACCAGAACCACCGGAUCACACAGCUGAAGAUAGCCAGCAAUCCCUUUGCAAAGGGCUUCAGGGACUGUGAUCCAGAGGACUGGCCCAGGAAUCACAGGCCAGGCUCUCUGCCAAUAAUGAGUGCUUUUGCCAGAACAAGAAACCCAAUGUCAUCUCCCCCUCAGCAGAACGGCACAGAGAAAGAGGACAGCAGGCGGGAGUACGAGCGAGACCCCAGCUGCACGCCCAUACACGCCGACCCGGCUCACCAACUGAUGUCCCGGGUCCUCAGCCCCGCCUUGCCCGUCCCGGGAGGCCUCCACGGCGUCUCACUCACCAGUGGGCGACCCAGCCCUCCACACGAUCUCCGCGCAGACCCCCACGCUCUACCCCCAGACACCCUACACCACCACCCUUACAAGUACCCCACCACCUAUGAACACUACCUGGGAGCCAAGACCAGGCCGUCGCCCUAUCCUUUACCCAGUAUCAGAGGACACACGUACCACCACCACAUGAACCCAGCCACAGCUAACAUGUACUCAGCCACCAGUGGCCCCUCUAACUAUGACUACGGGCCCAGAUAAUGGCUGCUGUCCACCGGGGGCUAACGACGCUCAGCACUGUGGGAAUGGAAACUGGCAGGAAAGGGCAACACAGUCCUGUCUUAUUGAUGGCUUACGCAACCUGUGGGGUGCAUUCACGGGCUGAAACUCUGCUGGAUAAACCCUGCCGUAUUUAUUUAAAGGAAAUACAUCUUGGCGUUAAGCACGGGCACCUGCUCCGAGUCUUUGAAGAGGUCUGCUUAGACCUCUGAACCCAAAGGGCAAUAGCUCCACACCUUUUACCCGAGCGGUGCAGACAUUGAGCCAGCAAAGAGAGGAGACAGGACGCACCUCUCCGUAACACAGACAAUACCUUUGAUCACAGACUGGAAUUGAUUUUUUUUUUUUUUGAUGCACUUUUUGAUUUGCCUUGUUUUUAUUGCUUUCAAAAAAGCCAUAUGUUAUAUAGUCCAUCGACCUUCUAGGUAGACGAGAUGUUUGCAUGUUGAGCUCAUCAGAGAGGGUGUCGAAACACACCCAAAUGUUUUUGUUUGAGGAAUAAAAAAAGAAAAAAAAAUACAAGAUUUGAUUUUGAAACGUUGUGAACAUCUUGAGCCGCUCUAAGAAGCUUGUACCAUGGCACUGACUUGCAGCAAUUCAAAGUAAAUAAAUGAAGCAGAAUGACUGUUCUGUAUCUGUAAAAUAAA